GGGCUAUGUUUGCAUAAUCACAAACGUCGCCUCCAAGUGAGGCAAAACCCCUGUAAACUACACUCAGUUUGCGCAGAUGCACGCCGCGUACGCUGAGAGAGGUUUACGCAUCCUGGGCUUCCCCUGCAACCAGUUUGGGAAACAGGAGCCCGGGACGGAGGAGCAGAUCAAGGAGUUUGCCAAGUCCUACGACGCAGAGUUUGACCUGUUCAGCAAAAUCGACGUCAACGGCGAUAACGCUCACCCCCUGUGGAGCUGGAUGAAAUCUCAGCCCAAGGGGAAAGGGACGCUGGGAAACAACAUUAAGUGGAAUUUCACCAAGUUUCUCAUUGACAGAGAGGGACAGGUUGUGAAGAGAUAUUCGCCAAUGGAAGAUCCAAGUGUGGUUGAAAAGGAUCUUCCCAAGUAUCUGUAGGAGUCCUGUUUAAAUAACCAAAUCCUGCUGUGUCCUCCUCUCCUGCGACCGGCUAGGAGUCUGUGUUUGGAACCCCAGGCCAGUGAUGGCCUGCCUGUAAACCCGUCUAACGGGGAGGGCAGGUCUGAUGAAACAAGGCGUGCAACCUUCUGGGAGGAAAUGCAGAUGCCAAGCAAUGCCGCGCGAGGGGAUGUGCUCGCAUCUUCUUACUUCAGCAUCUUGCACUAAUUUCAAUAUAUAUAGCCUAUUCAAAGACAUGUUAAUUUUGUAAUGCACAAUAAAACUCAUUCACCUU